AUGAGAGUCGCUGUCCUCGUUCUGACGCUUUCUCUGGUGGGCGAGGCUCUUCCGGCCACAGCUGCCGAAGCCGAUGAGGCGGUAGAUGUAGAUGUUUCGAGUUUGGAGCUUCUGAAGAGGCACCAGGUUGACUUUUGGACUCCAUGGGAAAGCAACACGAAUGCGACCAGUGCAGCAGCGCUGCUGCUACGAAGCGAAGCAUCGGGCUGCGUGGAUAAGAACUGGCAAUGCUAUGGCUGGGCACGCUUGGGCUACUGCUCCAGCAAUGCGGGGUACAUGAGACGCAACUGUAGACACAGCUGCAACCUCUGCGGCAG